CUCGUCAUUUAUUACGUCAAUCCAACAUGGCGGCACACAUUUCACGAUGUUCUUAUUUACUUUUUAGUACAGCAUGUAGUAAGGUGAUUCCACGGCGUGUUGAACUCAGGAGUGUUGCAGUAGGACGAAUUUACUGCUCUUUCUCUUCGAGAGUUUGUUACGGGACACGAGGAACAGACACAGAGGAUACUCAAGUGCAUAUUCCAGUUGACCGUCUGACGGUGUCGUACAGCAGAAGCAGUGGUCCCGGUGGUCAGCACGUCAAUAAAGUCAACACAAAAGCAGAAGUUCGAUUCCAUGUGCACACAGCAGACUGGAUCCCAGAGGAUGUUCGGGAAAAAAUCUUUGAAAAGAACAAAAACCGCAUCAAUAAGGCCGGGGAGCUGCUGGUAACAUCAGAGACGAGCAGGAGUCAGCAGAGGAACCUCUCCGACUGCAUACAAAAGAUCUCCACCAUCAUAGCUGAGGCCAGUGAGAAGCCCCAGGAGCCCACAGCUGAAGACGUCGCUCUGAGGGCAGCCAGGUUAGAGAAGAGGAACGAGGACCGACUCAAACAGAAGAAAAAACACUCAGCGAUCAAGAGCAAUAGACGGGUCGAUUUUGAUUGAUUGAUUGUAAUGUUUUUAGGCCAUAUGAUUGUAUUUUUCUUAACAUUUAUAUGUACAUAGUAUUUACUAAGUAUUGUCUUCAAUAUUUCUGUUCAAUAAAAUAAAGCAGAACACGUUUUGUAAGAUAUUUGUUUAAAGUUUUCUGCUUCUAGUUCAAUUCAGAAAACUCUUUUAAUAGAUUAAUUAAUGAAAGAUGUCUUAAGCUGCUUCUGCUUUAAACCAACAAUAACUGAAUGAUUAAAUAGUGUUACUAACAGCUUUAUUUUCUUCAAUAACUAGUAAUCUUACUAAUUACUAUUGCCAUAGUACUGUUACUGACCAAAAAAAAAAAAGCGCUGCACCUUAUUAUUAUUAGUGAAACCAAUUUAGGCACAUGUAAAAUGUACACAUUCACAUGUAAAACCCAUACAUAUUCUCAUGUGUAACACGUAUAAUCACAUGUAAAACCCAUAGAAUCAUGUGAAAUUCAUAUUCACAUGUGAAACUCAUAUAAUCAUGUGAAAUCCAUGUAAUGAAAUGUGAAUCUCACAUAUUCACAUGUAACAUGCAUGCAUGUUACCCCUAUAAUCACAUGUGAAACCAAUUGCACAAUGCCACUUCUAUGUGAACACAUGCACACCCAUGUGAAUUCGGUCUCUGUUUA